AUGACAUCGAAAUCCUCCCGUCCCGAUUCUCACUCCCAACAUGCUCUCGCCACCACCAUCAACACCAAGAUACGCUCCUCAUCCCGCACUUCGAAUCCCGAGCAAGAGUCGAAGCAACGCCACUCGCCCACAGCCACAUCUCCGAGCACCUCAAGAUGGCAGCCGAAGGUCAAUCGGACGCAGAGCUUGAACGAGCAGGAUAUGAAGCACCAGUUGCAGCAGCGGUUGACGGGGCUGGAGAAAGACAGGGAGAGCGGCUUUACGGAGAUUGAGAGGGGGGCAAGGAGGGACAAGGAAGGGGCUGUGGAAGGAGAAGGGGGAAGGGGACGGGCUUGA